CCAAGAGAUCAAUUCAAGUGAUAGUCAUUUCCAUGUCAAAUUAACCUGUGGCAUCCGCCAGUGUUUCUCAUAAUUUACCUAUUUCUCGUCGAUAAGGGUUGUUUCCUUGUAGUCCACUCGUGGCGCUAGAGUCCUUCUGCAGGUUCAAGCAAGAGUCCGGAAAUUCUGACAACCACUGAAGCUAUGGGAGUGUGGAACAGGAAUGAAAACAUAGGUUUCACCCAGUCACCUCGUGUUACUCAGAUUUUAUCACCAGAAGAUACUGAAUAUGUUGCAGUGCCCCAGCUUAUUGUUGUUAUCAUAAUUAUAGUUGCAGCAGUUGUAGGCGUGAUGACUUAUUUCAGCUAUCGCUGGUUAAUCUCCAUCCUUCAACCAAACCAUUCUACAAAUGACAAUAGUGCUAACCUAAUGCCAAAUACACGGUCAUCAGAGUCCAUUAACACCCCAUCGUUGAAGAUAAGCCACAGUUUGCCUCAUAUAACAGAAGAAAUUCCAAAAGAAGUUCAUUGUAAGAAAAUCGCUCCUCCACGUCAAACCACUUUACCAACUGUUCCAACUCGUCAUUUAUCAUUUCAGAGACAACUUUCUCACCGACUGGAUAUUUACAAUGUUCCAUUUGAAAUUUGUAACAAGCCACCCCGUGAAAUGCCAUCUGUUGGAGAAAUCAAGCCUGAAUUGUACAAGAGGGAACAACUACUGAGUGAAACCUCCACUGAGCUUGGGGGUAAGUUGGGAGACGACUUAGACCUCGGAACCCCCUGCGGCAAACUCCACUUUGCUCUUAAAUACGAUGAAGAUGUGGAAGGAUUAAUUGUCAGAGUUUUGCAAGCCAGAGAUCUCCCAGUGAAGGAUUUCAUGGGCUCCUCAGAUCCAUACGUGAAGGUUUAUCUCCAGCCAGAUCGCAAGAAGAAGUUUCAGACCCGGGUUAGUAGGAAAAAUUUAAACCCGGUCUUUAAUGAAACAUUUGUAUUCGGCGUCAGUUACGACCAGUUGAAGAGUCGCACAUUACAAUUUUCUGUAUACGACUUCGACCGAUUCUCUAAACAUGAUUUAAUUGGACAAGUCCUCGUCAAAGGAUUGGCUGAGCUGUGUGACGUCAAGUAUGAAAUGGAGUACAUCAUGGAUAUAAUGUGUGUGCCUCAGGUCAAAGACAACUUAGGAGAGUUGAUGUUAUCAUUGUGUUACCUCCCGACUGCUGGCAGACUAACAGUUACAAUUAUGAAGGCAAGAAACUUGAAAGCGAUGGACAUCACUGGGUCAUCAGAUCCUUACGUCAAAGUUUCUCUUGUCUGUCAAGGAAAGCGAAUUAAGAAAAAGAAGACAACCGUAAAAAAAUCAACUUUGAAUCCCGUUUACAAUGAAGCGCUAGUUUUUGAUGUCCCAGCGGGAAAUAUUGAAGAUGUUAACCUAUUAGUCAAAGUUAUUGACUAUGACAGAGUUGGGGCAAAUGAAAUGCUUGGCUGUUGUGCAAUUGGUAGCCAAUGUAUUGGUUUGGGACGAGAUCACUGGCUGGAAAUGUUGGACACACCUCGAGAACCUGUAGCCCAGUGGUACCCCCUAGUGGAGUGUGCUCCAAGUUUCUUAGAAGUGUCAGAACGGUCGCAUAUAAAAUGUAUCAGUAUCAGGACAGGACAGUAAAAGCUUCGAUUAAAUUAAUUACUUUGAUGUAAUCAUUAGCAUGUUUAGAACACAAACUAAGAGAGAUAUAACGUUAAAAACGUGGUUUUAAACAUUAUAACUAGUUCUUGACGUUUCUUGGUCGCUGUCUCAAUGCAUAGUAUUGUUUUCAGUGACAAUAAUGUGGUACCUCAAGCACCAAUAACGUUACAUUUGAUCGUUCACUUAUGUUGGUUUAAGUGUACCGCACAACGUUGCUUGAAUAAUAAUAAUAAUAUAACUUAUCUGAAAUAAAAAUUCUCCCCUCCAAACAUGUAUCCUUAUUGAUCAAUGUGUGUUUUAAAGCAUGUCGUUAAUAUAACAGUUUCUGUAAUUAUAUAUUAGAUAAUAUUACAAAUAAAAAAUACCAUAUG